CAGUAGUUGUGUAAUUGUGGUUGUGUUGCAGGUUCUUUGGGCCCUACAGUAUGGACGUGGUCACCAGCACAGCCUUCAGUGUGGACAUUGACUCUCUGAACAACCCUUCAGACCCCUUCGUCUCCAACGUCAAGAAGAUGCUCAAGUUUGACCUGUUCAACCCACUGUUCCUUCUAGUCGCGUUGUUCCCCUUCACGGGUCCUAUCUUGGAGAAGAUGAAGUUUUCUUUCUUCCCGACUGCAGUGACGGACUUCUUUUACGCUUCGCUGGCUAAGAUCAAAUCUGGACGCGGCACUGGGAACACAACUAGUCGGGUGGAUUUCUUACAGCUGAUGAUCGACUCUCAGAAAGGCAGCGACACAAAGACAGGAGAGGAACAGACUAAAGGACUGACUGAUCAUGAGAUCUUGUCUCAGGCCAUGAUCUUUAUCUUUGCUGGCUACGAGACCAGCAGCAGUACGAUGAGUUUCCUGGCCUAUAACAUAGCUACCAACCCACAUGUCAUGACCAAACUACAGGAGGAGAUAGAUACUGUGUUCCCCAACAAGGCUCCUAUCCAGUACGAAGCUCUGAUGCAGAUGGAGUAUCUGGACAGUGUGUUGAACGAGUCUCUAAGACUGUACCCCAUCGCCGCCCGACUGGAGAGGGUCGCCAAGAAGACGGUGGAGAUCAACGGCAUCGUCAUCCCCAAAGACUGCGUUAUCCUGGUUCCCACAUGGACACUACAUCGUGACCCAGAGAUCUGGUCCGACCCUGAGGAGUUCAAACCAGAGAGGUUCAGUAAGGAGAACAAGGAGUCUAUUGACCCGUACACGUACAUGCCGUUCGGGGCGGGGCCCAGGAACUGUAUCGGGAUGCGUUUCGCCCUGAUCAUGAUCAAACUGGCCAUGGUCGAGAUCCUCCAGAGUUUCACAUUCUCUGUCUGCGACGAGACCGAGAUCCCGUUGGAGAUGGAUAUCCAGGGUCUGCUGAUGCCCAAAAGACCAAUCAAACUGAGGCUGGAGCCACGUAGCAACACCCCUAGCAACACCACCACCCCCUCUCUGAAGAGUCCAAACACAUGACCAAAUGCAGGAGUACCUUACCCAACCCUACCCUACCAUCUAUCUAUCUAUCCAUCUAUCCAUCUAUCCAUCUAUCCAUCUAUCAUAUGAGUCUAUCUAUCUAUCUAUCUAACA